GCCAUUAGACAGGGUGAGAGAGAGCGGAGGCAACGGAUAGCCAGAGCCUGCGCUGUUCACGUCCGUCCUGGUGCGCAACCGAAGGGAUUUCUGGUGCCCGGUUUUACCCCAGCAUCCAUCCGUUUUGUCAUCGAAGAUAACCGAUGUGACUCGCAAGCCGCGGUUCUGUUGCGGGCUACUUUUGAUACCUUAGAAAGGGUUUUGCGAUGGCGGCUGGCGGAGCGGGAGGUGGAAAUAAAACCUAUUCUUUCAAGGUGGUUUUGCUGGGGGAAGGCUGCGUGGGUAAGACGUCGCUCGUCCUGCGGUAUUGCGAGAACAAGUUCAACGACAAACACAUCACCACUCUUCAGGCAUCCUUCCUAACAAAGAAGCUCAACAUCGCAGGACGAAGAGUGAAUCUGGCAAUAUGGGAUACAGCAGGUCAGGAGAGGUUCCAUGCUCUCGGGCCGAUCUAUUACAGAGACUCCAAUGGAGCCAUUUUAGUUUAUGACAUCACAGACGAGGACUCUUUUCAGAAGGUGAAAAACUGGGUAAAAGAAUUAAGAAAAAUGUUGGGGAAUGAAAUAUGUUUAUGUAUAGUAGGUAAUAAAAUUGACCUGGAAAAGGAGAGACAUGUAUCUGUUCAAGAGGCAGAGGAGUAUGCAGAGUCAGUUGGAGCGAAGCACUACCACACUUCAGCCAAAUUAAACAAAGGCAUCGAAGAACUGUUUCUUGACCUUUGUAAAAGAAUGAUGGAGACGGCGCAGGCGGACGAGAAGGCGAAAGGCAACGGCGCUAGCCAGUCCGGCGCAUCCCGACGGGGGGUACAGAUCGUGGACGACGAGCCCCAAGCCGCCACAGUCGCCGGGGGUGGGUGCUGCUCGUCCGGCUAGGCCCGACACGCCCCCCUUCUCCCCGAACCACGGGACUUUGGACUCUGCGGUCUCCCCCAGCACCUGGUUUCCAUGGAGACUGCCAUUCUCAAAGUGACAUGUUCAUUUACCCCCACCCGCCUGACAUGGAAUAACAUGCUUAACAGUAUUCCCAAGUAAUCACAUUUAUAACACUGAAACGACUCCUGAAACAAUUCGCUGUAAAGCUGUUUGUGUUGAAAAAGCAGUUACCAAUGGCCUCUUGAAGCCACACUCUGUUUCCUUAAUCUCACACAUGGACAACCCCCCCCCCCCCACUUCAUAACUUUUACUCUUUGACCUGGAUGAUGUGCAUGUUGAAUUGAAUUCUGUAAAAGCCUAAUUUGUUUUACUUAAAAAACAAACCUUUAUUAUUUAAUAACUUAUGUAUAUGUUCUAUGAAAUUCAUUACAUGUUCAAACCCUUGGUAUUUUUGUGGUAAAUUGUGAGAGUUCUGCAGCUCCAGCUUCUUUUGAAUUUGGCAGAUAUCUCAUACUAUUUUUGCACUGGCCAUUACUACCAAUGCUCUUGUUAUACUGUACUUCUCCCUCUUUGAGUCAGUAUAUAAAACAACAAACAUCCUACAAUACAUAUUGAAUAUUUUAUCUGCUUUUACAACCUUUUGGGAAAAAGUACGCAGGUAUAGAAAAGUGUACAUUAGUCUUGUUUAUGAUUGUAAAAUGAAAAUAACAAUUGUCGGUGAAAGCACACUUUUUGGAAUUGUAAUUUUUUUAACUGCUAGUAUCAUAAGUGUUUUGUAAUAGAACAAUUAUAAUAAUUUACAAUGCAUAGGUGUCAAAGGCAGUGUCAUUCUUUGUAAAACAGUAAGUUCCCUUUUAUAGAAACCGAAAGCACGGCACACUGAUGUAUGUCUAGACAAUUCAUGUUUGUCAUAUCUACCAAUUUUUCAUUUACCUGUAAUUUUACUGUUAGACAGAUAAGCGAAAGUUAGAUUACAUGAGUACAAGAACUAAUGCACACACAGGGCCUUUUGA